AUGCAUGUUUCACAUAAGCGCCGCCAUCAGUCUCCUUCAGGUGACCACCGAUACAUCUCCAUCUCAGCCCCGUCUGAGUGGCAAUGGACGACCGAAAGUGAGGCCACCCACAACACAUCGCCGUUAGGACAUCAGCAUGGGAGUCCUGCCAGGCAGACUCACUCCAAGUCGCCUCAUACCAUUCAACUGAAGGUGAUAACCCAAGGACAAUUCGCUGAGGACACUGCCCACUUUAGCGACCCCUUCGUGUUCAUGGUACACUCGUGUCAGACAAGUCAUAACACACACAAGGGGACCAAGUGACAUAGUGGCGAUGACGUCCAUUCCUCAAAAGAAAUCAGAGCGGGAGCUUCAUGAACUCCUUGAACAGGCGGACCUUCUCGAGUACUACGACAAAUUCAUCGAGAUAGGCGCAGACAAUGUGCAGCAGCUUCGUGACUUGACGGAUGAAGAGCUUGGAGAAGUCAUUGACCAAGUAGAGAUGAUCAGGAAGCCCCUCCACGUGAAGAGGUUCAGGAAAGCUCUGGAGAAGUGGACGGGACAGAAAGGCACAUGUGAUUCAGGAACAUCCACGAGAGAGACAGCUACGGCAGCAUGUACAGAGCAGGCUGGCCAACGAGUGGACGAGAGAUCUACUGAGACUGCGGACAUCAGGGCUGACAUGCACCAUGCCAUUGACAGGAGAGACGUCGCGCAAGUGAGAGAGUGUCUGCAAGCAGAACCACAACUAAAGAUGUGGCUCGAUCCACUUACCGAAGAGUCGGCCAUGUAUAGAGCUGUGACGACAAACGCAUUCAAGGCGUUUGGCCUUCUGUUAUCACAGAAAUGUAAAUUCAAGAACGCUAGAGAAGGUGAUUGCCUCCAGCACUUGAAUCCUCUCCAAAAGUCCGAACUCGCGCGACAACGAUACUUCGUAGCUGGGUACGAAGGAUCCUACAUUAGUGUGCUCAAGGGUAGAUCGACCAGCCUAGCCGAGUGUGCAGGUUUUCAGAGAAUUUUAGAUGACAUGUAUCGUUCUCUCGACAGUAACGACUUACUUAAGCCUGUGUUGAAAGUCGCUUCAAUGGCACCUCAUUUGAGCAUUCGCUUCGACUUCGAGCGAAUCCACACUCAAUGCAUGGUGGGUGGGUACAGGACUAACCUUGGCAUGACUGAACCAGAAAAACAAGGCGUCUUCAUUGGAGCCACGGGACUUCACGGGGAACGAACAGAUGCCGCAGAACGUCGCACCAAAGAAGUCGAAGGAACCCUGGUGCACGAGUUGUGCCAUUUGGCUCUCAACCUGGUAUACGGAAAUGAAGGAAAGCCAUAUUUGUGCACAGAUGAAAGCAGAAAAGAACAUUACGCAGGUAUCCUCGAGGACGCAAGGGGCCGACAGCACGGUUUACACGACAUCUUAAAAUGGGCCUUUCACGGGAAUGACGAAGCUGAACUUAUAGUUCGAAUACCGCACAUUCUCGCUCUUUGCCCUACGGAAGGAAACACUAUUCUGGAGGAACAAGUCCCGAGGCUCUUCCAGUUUUUCAAACAACACGUCGUCGAGGAUAUGACGCAGUACAUACAGGACGGUUGUCUGGGAAGAGAGACUGAAGACAUCAGAGAAGAAAAUGGAAAAUUGGGGAGGGCGUCCUCCACAGAGGAACUAGGAAUCGAAUUCGUGGCGAGGCUCGAUGACUGUGUUAUGAGGCGUGACCCACCUGUUGUCCUUGUAGCAUCAAAUUUAACAUUCCUCGAAGUAAUGGUGAACGACCUCGUGAGAUCUGCUAGAGUACCAUACCUAUUUCUCGAGACAUCGCAGUGGGGGGACAGAACCUAUGACAUCCUGCUCGGAAAUAAGUGCAGCUUCUUGCUCUUAUCUUGCGAGGGAAGAGAGAACCUCCGAAUAAUUCUCAAUCUCUCAAAAGAGCUUCAUGACGUCACUGGCACCAAGACAAUUCUGCUAACGUCAAAGCAGAACCUUCAACAUUGUCUCCAAGGAAUUAAAGAGAGUAUGUUACAUGAUAUCAAAAUUUACCUGGACACUGUGCACAAUGCUUCUUUUCAGAACGUCACCGCCAAAUGCAAGAAUAAAAUUAUCAAGAGGUCACGGAUCGCUCUUCAGUCUCCCAACCAGCAGUGUUUUAUUAAAGAUAUCCUCGACAUCGACAGCUUUUCGAAAACCUGCCAGGAGGAGACGUUAUUGACACUGUGCAGAGAAGGAGUGCUAUUUUUUGGCCCUGAACUCAAGGAACUCCAGGAAGACGUAAGCGAGUGCUACAUUAACCAAAAGUGCAGUAGGUCCGUUGAAGUUGACUUGAGGAAGAUUAGAGAGCGUCCUAAAGACGAUGCUUUCGCUUUCCUCGGGUGCUCGGAGGAAACACUCCAGUCAUCUUUGCCCAAAGGCCUUUCUGCGAAGCGAAUGAGCAUCUUGGACAGUUUCGAGCAAAUUGUCCUCCUGGAGCAGAACAGUGACUACGACCGCCUUGUCGCAACGGAACACUACAAGGGAAAGACAGUUCACCUACUUGAAUUCCAUGAAGGACGUUACGUGUGGAAAAAAUCAAAUGGUGCUUUAAGUCACCUUCCCAUGACCGGGAUAGAAAUCCACUCGGCGAAUUUCCUCCUUGAUGUAAGAGAGAAAGUCCUCGUUGUUUCCGGAGACCCAGGAUCGGGAAAAACCGUGCUGGCCACGCGGCUUUGCACUGAAAUCAAGAAAGCAGACGAGAAAGCAUGGGUACUUUACGUCAGUACCUACCCAAAGAGGCAAGAAGCAAUGAAAUUGCUUAAUGAAGAAACUGGAGACAUCAACUUCAACCAGUUCGCAAAGUUGUGUUGCGUGAAAACAACUGGACAAGAGUUUGAACUGUUUCAGCAAACUGUCACCAAGGGAAGUCCGUUUCACGUGUGGGUCAUUUUCGAUGCCCUUGACGAAACCCUGGAGAUGACGCGGAAAUAUAUCCUUGAGUUUACGAAGGUUUUGGCUCGAGAAAAACUGUUGAAAAUAUUGAUAUUCACACGCACGAUAUGCCGGAAUGCAAUUCAAGAUGAAAUGCACCUUGUGCCUUUCGACAUGGCUGCGUUCUCGAAGGAAGAACAAGAUGAGUUUCUGCAGAAAUAUCAGAAAUCUCUACAGAAUCCGAUGACUGAUAAGAAGACAUUCAAGAGCAUUGUUACUUGUGUUAAGGAGAAAGACAGCUCUCUUCUAGGAAAUCCUCUAAUUCUCCGAAUGGUGGCGGAGGUUGACCAAGGCGAAGCUUCUGACCCUCACUACCGUGAAUUGGUGCAAAGCAUGUACAGCUCCCAGGAUUGCUUUACGCUUCUCUCCCUGUACAGAUUGUUUGUCGAGUACAAAUACCUUCUAUAUCGGAUCGAAAAAAAGAAAGAGGACAGAAUGAGAGCCGCAAACGAAGAUGAUGACGAGACGCUGAAGCCGAUAUUUCAGAGUAACCACGCUCUUUUAGCCCUAAAAUUGCUUCUGCCCGAGGACGCCCUCAAGGAACUCGUAAGCGAAAGUGAAUACAACGACCUAAAAUCAAAGGGCCGUUUGAUAAUGGCUGUCAAGGAGAACAAGCUAAAACAGGGCAUAAUACUGUGCCUGACAAAUGACGCUCCUCAUUUUGUGCAUCAUAGCUUCGCCGAGUUUUUCGCGGCAGAUUUGAUAUUCAAGAGGGUGAAAGAGGCGAAUGCCAGAGGCGAUGUAGGGGUGGCACGUAUAAUUUCUGGCUUGUAUGGAGAACCUAGCUAUGUCGGCAUGUUGACCUUCUUGGAUGGAUUUGCAGCGGAGCGACACGCAAUACAGAGCAGUAUCAUGAAUAACGAUAUUGUAAACGUUAAAGCGGCUACGGAACACACUUACUCCCAAGACGCCCUCGAAAGAACACCUCUGCAUGUCGCUGCGCUGCAUGCUAAUCAAGAUAUCUUAGAAUGUCUUUCUAUUAACGAAGUACUAACGCAGGAAGAUAUGUUAGGUAUGACGCCUCUCAUGUACGCUGACAAGAUUCACGCGUGGAAAAGACUAGAUUGUCUCUGUGCGCGUAGUGCUGGUUGUGCUAUUGACUGGCUCAACCAGCUACCUACGGUGGUCAAGAACAUUACGACUAAACGAGAAUUCCAUAGUUCGAUUUUGUCCGACGCGAUUUACGGGCGCCUCAAUGCUCUUUUAUCUGUGUUGCUCAGAGUGUUCUGCAAAAAUAAGAUGCGUUCGAGUGAGAUCUGCAUUGGGAGUGCACCAGAGUACUUGAGGGAAAGCGUCAGCUCCUCUGAAGACGCCGUACAUAUCUCUAUGGAUGUUGAUCAUAUUAGGGAUAACCACCAGCGUACCCCCUUGCACAUCAGUGUUCUUCAAGGUGAACUUAAUAUUGUCCAUACGCUUUUGCCUUAUUCAUCGCAAAACGUACGUGAUGCUUUUGGUAUGACACCGCUUCAGGGAUGCAUAUUUCACGGCUAUACUGACAUUCUGAGGUUUUUGCUUCCUUUAGCUUCAGCUCAGGAUUGGUACAUCUAUGAAAACAUCUAUGAAACGUCUCACAAAGUAGCGUUCUCCGCUGUGUAUCUGCAAAAUUGUGAUGCAUUACAGUUGCUACUCCCCCAUUUCGAAACUCCAUCCUCGGUCAAGCAGUACCUGUUCGAUGAGAGCGUUCUGCAGGGUUACACCGGAGUGGCGAAAGCUCUUCUUCCUCACACUGAUGCAAGUGGCAGCUGUGCGCACCGAGCCACAACGAAUUGGCACGCAAGCAUACGCUCUGGUUGCUUGGAUACUGUGAGACUAAUGAUUCCUUACACUGAUAUGCAUGGAAGGGAUAAAGACAUCAUCGAUGCAGUCCUUAUGGCCGUUGUUGGCAUGGCUUCCAUAUAUGGAAAUCCAACGCACACUAAACCAGUACCAGAUGACGUGCAAAGCGAAAAUGGCAAUCACCCUGACAUUUUCAUUGUGAAGUUGUUGAUUAUUCAUUCAAACAUACACUCUCUUAACGUAGAUGGCCAAAGGGUUGCGGAGAUCAGCGUCAGGUGUAGAAUCCCUUUGACCGCUUUCAAGCUACUCCUUCCUCAUUUGUCAGUCACGUCUCGUACCAUAAGUCAAGCAAUGUCGACCUGUUAUGGUACUGACGCUGGAGAGCAGGAUAUGUUAACUUAUCUGAUUCCUUACAUUCCAAUCAACGCUCGAGAUGAAAACGGAGUGAAGACGCUAUACUACUGCUGCAUUUAUAGAAACCUGAGAGCGGCAAAGCUUCUGCUCCCCCUUACACUCUGCGAUGUCGAUUCACCGAUUACCCGCACACCAUUGUACGUGAGUGUUUUUCUGUGCAUCCCGGACAUUGUGGAGUUGCUCCUGCCCCACUCUUCGAAGCGUAGUUGUGGUGAUACGUUGGCGGUUGCCAUUCAUAAAGGAUUUGUGGUUAUGACGAAAUGGUUUCUGCCCCACGUGGAUGUGAAUGAUUGUACUACGGGGGAAACGACGGUGUGGCGCAAGAGUGUGGACCGAGGAGACUGGACAUCGGUGACGCUCCUUCUGCCUUACACGGGAACACUUGAUAGUGGCAUUAGUCACGACACACCGUUCUUGUUAAAUGAUCGCAAAGGAUCGAGAAGCGCUCUCGAGUCAUCAAAGGCAGACGAUGAACAGAAUUGGAAUUCACGCGGUGGGAAUGAUCCAAUAGCUAUCGAAGUAUUAAAGCUACUCCAGCUCCACUCGAAAUUGAGAGAUACGGAUCAGACUCUGCUAGCCAAUACGUGUCUCACAGACAAUCGCGUGACGAGGUUGCUCUGCCCGCAUCCAUCGGUGAGUGAUGUAAUGUCUCCUCAUUCGUCAAUCACUUCGCCAUGUAUGAGUGGUUUAGAGUUUAUUCUAUUCGCUGCAAACACUGAGUAUCAAGAUAUCCUAGAGUAUCUGAUUCCUUACACUCCAAUUAACGCUCCAGUUGAAGAUGGAUUAACACCACUCCUUUGCUGCAUCGCUUGUGGAAACAUGACAGCGGCGAAGCUACUCCUUCCUCUUACAGUGGUUGACGAAUGUAGAAGCAUACCAUUGAUUGGGAGUGUGCUUCAAGACAAUGGCGAUAUUGUUCAGCUGCUUCUCCCCCACUCCUUGAUGCGUACCUGUGAUGCCGAGUUGAUAACUGACGCUUAUACGAGACACGACGAUGUAACUAAAUUACUUCUGCCUCAUGUUUGCGUGAACGUUGCUACAGGGAAAAUGACGGCGUUGCGUCAAAGUGUAAAACUAGGAGACUGGGCACAGGUACAACUCAUUCUGCCUUAUACGGCAACACGUGAUAGUGACAUCAGACAGGAAUCAUCGUUACUAGUAAAUGCUUGCAAAGAGCCGACAGCCUCUCAGAAGUCACUGAAUACAGAGGGCGAACGGAAUAGCGGAAUGAGCGCUACAGAUGUCAAAAUUUUUAAACUGCUUCUCCUCCACUCGAACUUGAACGUAGAGGAUGCAGAUCGGGCUCUUCCAAUCGACGAGAGCAUCGCAAUCUUUGAUGCGGGGACCUUAUUCUGCGUCCAACCAUCGGCGAAGAAGCUAAUGUUUCCACAUUCGUCAUUCACCUCUUAUAGCGAAAUUGGAGCAGAGACCAUCAAUAGUGAAGAAGACGUCCAAAGUCAGAUACCUUACAUGCCAAUUAACACACCAGAUGAAGACAAACUAACGCCCCUACUUCGCUGUGUCAGGCAUGGAUACCUGAGAGCGGCGAAACUUCUGCUUCCUCUUACGGUCGUUGACGAAGAUAGAAGCGAACCAUUGUUUUUGUGCGUGGUCGAAGACAAGCGCGAUUUUCUGCAGAUGCUUCUCCCCCACUCCUUGAAACGUCAUAGCGAAAUCGAGUUGAUAAAUGCUGUUGUUAGGAGGUACGGUGAUGCGACGAAAUUGCUUCUCCCUCAUGUUGGUGUGAACACUCGUACGUGGAGUAAAACUACGGAGCUAGGAGACUGGACCUUGGUGCGGCUCUGUCUGCCUUACACGAGAACGCGUGAUAGUGACGUCAUUCGCAACACACGGGUGCUGGUGAGCGCUUGCAUGCGGCCGGUAGCCACUCCAGAGUUAUCGGGGCCGGAAUAUGAACGGAACCUGGAAGAGAACGUCAGAGAUAUCAAAAUAUUGAAGCUGCUUCUCCUUCACUUCAACUUUGAUAUUGUGGAUCGGCCUUUGACGAUCGACUGGAGGGUCACGAACAAUCACGUGUUGAAGUUACUACAGCCGCAUUCGUCGAUGAAGAAACGCAGGCAAAAGGCCGUUCUGCGUUGUAUAGGCUUUUCUGUUCUCCUUUUUUCUAGGUUUUUUGACGCAUCGUUUCUUCUCCCAUGGUUGUACCGUCUUUACACUGGUUGAUGUGACGUCUUGCAGUGGACCCUGAUGCGACUGUGGCGAUGUCUGUCUGUCGAUUACAGGUUCUUCAGCACGAACUUUAUCAACUGUCAGUGUGGGAUACUAUUGGUGACCUAUAACAUGAUGUAUGCUGGUGACACUCUGCCUGUAUGGGGACAGUUACUUGUUCAUAAGAUAGUACCUUGAUGAACUAUCGUUGGUGUCACAAUAACGUUGAUCACAUUAAUAGCAAUAUCAUAUCCUGUAACAAUAUCGCGAGGGCGUGCUUCAGUUGUUUCCAGACCGUCAUAUCGACAUGCGCAUUUUGAAAUAAUAAAUAUCGUUAC